ACUAAUAUUUGUCAACUCAACUCCCUUCAAAAUUAAAACCUCCAAUAAUCCAACAUUGCCCCUCUCCUUCUUCUCCUUCUUCUUCUUCUGAUCUGGCGGAGGCGGCGGCGGCCAUAGCAUGGAUGGUAGCUUUAUCAACAACAACCACCGCUACUUUUAUUCUGCAGACCAAGAUCAAGAUCAGGACACCCACAAAUUAGGCCCGGAUAAUUCUCCACCUCCUUCUUCCUCCGCCGCCAAGAAGGGCAGGAGAGGGAUGAAGAAGAAAGUGGUCUCGGUGAGAAUCAACAGCGAGAGCCCCAGGAACAAUUGCGGUGGCAGCGGCGGUAGUACAACCCCACCUUCAGAUUCUUGGGCCUGGAGAAAAUACGGUCAGAAGCCCAUCAAAGGCUCCCCUUACCCCAGGGCGUAUUAUCGGUGUAGCAGUUCCAAGGGGUGUCCGGCGAGGAAGCAAGUGGAGAGGAAUCGUCUGGAUCCCUCCAUGUUGCUCAUUACGUAUUCCUGCGAGCAU